AACUCCACUUUAUCCAAUCCCUAAACUACCUAUCAUCAACAUCAUCAACUGUCACCCCCAACUGUCAAUCACCAAUAUCAGCUGUGUCCCUAGAACCCGUCAGUCAUGGAAGGGUGUUCAGAAAAUGGCAGUAAAGACACACCCACGCACAGCGAUCGCCCCGCCUCCUCCGCCGCCGCCCUCUCGCGCAGAUCCGCCCACUUCCUCCCCCCGUGCCGGGUAUGCGGGGAACCUGCCAGUGGUCUACACUAUGGGGUCAAUUCGUGCGGAGGCUGCAAAGGCUUCUUUGCGCGGAGCCUCGUCAGCCGUACCCUUGCUUGAAAUCAGACAGCUGCAGGAUCGGAGCCCAAACCAAACGCAGAAAAAGCUGCCCCAAGUGUCGCUACGAAAAAUGCCUUGCUGCCGGGAUGUCCAAAGACGCCAUCCAACACGGAAGGUACACCUACUCCAAACGUACUCACGACACCCUGGAGGUCAGGAUGCUAGCAAAACUAGGGAAUCGUUUGACGGACGAAACUAGUGACGGAGGCUUUGAAGAGAAAAACACCCGAGAUGUUGGCUGUCCAGACUCCAAAACUAUUCCCGAUGCUGACGUCUUGUCGUCUAAAGAAAAAGUCAGCAAAAACAACAACAACAACAACAACAACAACAACAACAACAACAACAACAACAACAACAACAACAACAACAGCAGCAGCAGCAGCAUCAGCAGCAACAACAACAGCGACAACCUCUUCGAUUCUAGUUUUCUUUCUAGCCCAGAAGCACAGGCGAUGUGCAGUGAUGACGCACUCCCUGAAAUCUAUGACGAAGGCUGCAGUUUCACAGAUCUUCUGCUGGACAGCACUUCAGAUCCAUUCUACCGCUGCAACUGGUCUGUUGACCAUGGAGAUAACCAAGGUCGUCUCACAGAAUCACAGUUUAAUAGUUCUCAGAAAACCACAUCAAGUGCCGUCAAUGUGACUGAAACCCCCAACACGUUCCCCCACGACAGUGGUGGGGAGACACUCAUACCUGCGAUGCUGUGGCAAGGAACACAGAGCCGCUCAGAUGAUUUGUUGGCUCAAAGUUACACAGAAUCUGAUUCACCAAUCAACGCCUUGGAUACAUUAUUACAGCCUCAGUCCGAUCUUUUUGUGGAUACAACCAAAAAGACUGAAAAUGUUCCUCGCCUCGACCAGCUACCAUUAAAUUCAACAGGUGAAUUCAAUUCAACUGUAGAAACAAGAGACAUAGACGGUGUCAGUCUAACAGAACUGGGACGUCUUACAUCAGCAACCAACAACGUACAUUUUGACCAGAAAACUGUCAGAAAUAAUUUUUGCACGGACUCCAAUACUCACAAGUCCCUGUCGCCCACAACAAGAUAUCCGACAGUGGCCAUAAAUCACCAUAACUCACCACACUCCUUCAGUCUUCCAUCAAAUAUUCCCCAGUUGUCCACAUUUUCAACGUCGCAAAAAUCCUGCAGCUUUUAUUCGAGAAUGAAACAACAACCCACCCCAGUUGCUGCCAGCAUCAAAGAUCUUCUUAUGAAAGAAGAUAACGACAAUGACGUGUUAUUCAAUGGCAGGAGGGUGAGCCAAAGCGAAGACAAACAUGGUCGUGCCAUCAACACCGCUGAUGCAUUCAGUGAAAAGAAUAACAUUGAAUGCAAUGGGCAAGGUCAUCUGAGUCAGCCGGUAAGUGAGUUCAGCAGGGGGGAGAGUAACUCCCCUUCGUCGUCGUCUGCCAUGUUUUCAGCCGACAGUGGGGCUGACACCAGUGACGCCAACCUUGACUUAGUACAUAAAGAAGAUUUUGACGCUGAGCAACUCCUGAGAAAUCUGUGGAGUGCGUCUGAUAACUGCCAAAAUACUGGAUUGGCUACAGGUCCAGACUUGCAAUCUGCUGUAUGUCCAAGUGCAAGUCUAAACUCGAACUUCUCAGACCGUAAAAAUAUUAAAGAAGCUGCUCCAUGCCAAAACGAACAUUACUUUGAAGGACAUCAGAAGUCAGAAUGUGUUAUGUAUCACAACACAGACGUUGGCAGUCACCAAUCGACGAACUUCUUUUAUUUGUCUGCGUUGCCCAGUAGCUGUGCCAGUCAGAAGCAAUCACCCUCGACUCAGUUCACUCUCCCAAAUUGUCAAACUCCACACAUCCCAAAUGAUUGUUCCUACAGCAACCAGAACACUUCCAGCGGUCUUUUGACAAACGGUAAUGGUCUAUUUCAAUACCAGAACCUAUCAAAAUUUCCUCAAAUUAGCCCUUGGGGUCAAUCUCAAAUGAUGCCCCCAUAUCAAUCUUCUCCAUUGUCUCAAAACUACUCACCCGUCUCAACCUUAUCAAACAAAAGUAAUAAUGACAACGAUAAUUAUGACGACGACAGCAAAACGGAAACAACAUCAGACGUCACCAAGCCCCUGAAGGACCUUCUGAUGUCAGGAAGGUUCUCCAAAGACUUGCACAAAGUCCUCGGGCUUAUCAUAAAAACGAGCUCCUCAGCUGGGUCCUACGAGCACUUUACCCCAGUCCCCACAGACAACGCGGAACUCUAUCCCUUCACAAUGACUGGCUCUUGCUCCUCCUGGUUAUGUCUCGUCACUGCACAGCCCAGCUCCAUACAGCAGCUCACCUCCAACUACUCGUCGCCACUGGCGAAUCUCCUGUCAUUAAACAACGCCCCGAGGGGGAAGAUGAGGACAGAGGAUGGCUGUUCGAUUACCCCACUUUCUGAAAUGAAGUUUAUCAUCAAUUCACUGGUGGCUGCUCAUGAUGAGACGAUCGGACACGACACCAACACUUUGAAUGAGGGGGGGUCCACGAACACUACCUAUUGGGCGGGUUCCGAGGCACUGACCAGCGACUGGACGUGAUGGUGGACACAGAGCUGAGCCACAUGUACUGCAAGCACGACCUUCAGCGCAUCUUUACGGGGGACUUCAUGGACGAAUUGUGCUACGUCAUGAACAGAAUCCGGAGUCUCAACCUCUCAACUACGGAGGUCAUUAUCCUCAAAGCAAUCAUCGCAACAGCUCCGGACAGAUUGAACUUGACCCAAAGAAACGCAGUGCGGAGGAUCAACUGGAAGCUGGUGGAUUGUCUAGAGAUGCUUCUUGCUCGUCAUUUUCCGGACCCGAAGCGCCACCUGGAAAGGAUCUCAGAUGCCCUGACUCCACUCCGCAGAUUUUCUCGUGUUGCAUACAGGUACUUCCAGCUCGAUUGGAAUAACAUAAUAAAUCGUUUCCAGAUAGAUGUUGGUCGGGCUUUGUCCGGAGAGGUGCUGGCAGAUCAUUCGUUCCCAGUGGAGGACAGAGACGCAGAGGUCAAGGCUAGCCUGCUUAAUUAAGUGUUGACCUUUUAGAGAUCGAAAGAGGAAAGGAGAGGAGAGGGGGAGGGCGAAAACGAGAGAGAGAGAGGCGGGGAUAGAUAGAUAGAUAGAUAGAUAGAUAGAUAGAUAGAUAG